CAGGAAAAUAAUUAAAGAAAAAAUGGUGACUGCUGAUGACAUUACUAGCGCUGUACCAAACAAGGAUGAAAAUGAGAAGAAGGAAUCUGCUGAUGAUGGUUCUAGUUCUGAUGGGGAUGUGCCAGAGUUGGAAGAAGGGGAAGUGACUGAAGACCAAAAGAAAGUAGCCGAGGCUGCUGGGAUUGCAGAACAGGUGACUGAUAAGGGUGCCAAGCAAUCGCGUUCCGAGAAGAAGGCACGUAAGCUGUUCAGCAAACUUGGCCUUAAACAAGUUCACGGCGUUUCUCGUGUUUGCAUUCGCAAAUCCAAGAAUAUUCUUUUUGUUAUCAACAAACCAGAUGUCUAUAAAAGCCCUGGUUCUGACACUUAUAUUGUUUUUGGUGAGGCAAAGAUUGAAGAUUUGGCUCAGCAUGCGCAAAUUACUGAUGUUGAGAAUUUGAAGCCUCCUUCAAUUAUUCGUGAUGUGCGUAACAGAAUGGCUCAACCGGAGGAGGAAAGUGAUGAGGAAGAGGUGGAUGCUACUGGAAUUGAGGAAAAGGAUAUUGAGUUAGUUAUGUCGCAAGCGAAUGUUUCUAGAAACAAAGCAAUAAAAGCGCUCCGAAAAGCUGAUAAUGAUUUGGUUAAUGCUAUAAUGGAGUUAACUAUGUGA